GCACCGUGCCGGCCGCAUCGAAGACUUUCUGGUGUCCAAUUUCAAUUUCAAGCUGGUAGUUGUUAUCUGCAUCUCGAUCAAUCUGCCUGUGUCUUACUCUCUCUCUCUUUUCUUCAAGCCAUGUUAUAUUUCAUGGAUUCCUCUGACAUGAGCCUAUACCAUGUCUGCCUCUAUUUCCUUUUGUUUCUUCCUGUUCGAGUCUUGUUCUUUUCUUUUUUAUUUCUAAAUUUCUAAACUAUAUCUGAAAGGUUUUCAAAGAAAUUCUACGUGAUCGAACAAUUGUUGGUAGUAUCGUGUGUUGGCAUCCGAUCCUUCAACACAUAUUCUAUGGCGUCGACCUCCCAAACAUCCUCCACAUCCGCUCAUUCAGCACAUCCUUAUGAUGGGCUUCUGAGUUUUAGAGGGGAACUCUGCAAGGAUUUUGCAUACGAAUUAUGCUAUGCAUUGCAGGAGCGAGGAAUCACGGUGUUCAUGGACCAUGAAAGCACAGCUACUUCUAUCUUGACUACGACAACGAAAAAAUCAAGGUUUGCCAUCGUUGUCCUUUCCCCAGAAUAUGCUUCUUCCACCUUCUGCUUAGAUAAACUUUCAAGCAUUAUGGGAUACAUGCGAGGUACAAUUUUCCCAGUUUUCUACGAGGUAAAACCCUCCGAUUUACGCAAGCAGGAGGGAUGUUUAAAAAGUGCGUUUGACAUGCAUGAAAGAGUAGAAGACCCGUCAAAGAUGGAAGGGUGGAGGACUGCUUUAAGGAAAGUGGCUUGUGUCUCUGGUUGGACUUCAAAACAUGGUGACAGUGAGACCAAGCUAAUCAUCAAAGAAAUUGUAGAACACUGCUAUAGUUUUUGUGAUGUAAUUCAUGAUAAGAAGGGUACUUUUAUGCCAGCAAAUAAGUCGAGUCAAAUUGAAAAUGGGAAAGUGGAACAUCCUUUCUUGCCACAAAAUGAUUGUCCAAGGUGUUGUGGCUGCAGUAAGAAAUGGAAGCUAGGGGACACAGCAUGGCUUCAAUUUGAUGAUGGCCUAUCUCUAUGUACGGGGUGUCAAGAGUCUGCAAUUAAGGUAACCGAAGAAUGUCAAUCCCCUUACCUUAAUCACCAUAUGAAAUUGGAGCAUCAGCAUCAAAAUCCACUGCAGUUGGUUGGCAGACAUUCUGUAGGGAAGUAUAAUGUGCUUUUGAGUUUCAGUGGGGAAACCUGCAAGGAUUUUAUAGACCAUUUAUACAAAGCACUGCAAGAGCGAGGAAUCAGUGUGUACAGGGAUGAUGAACAUACAGAUACUUUUAUCCCGAGUACAGCAACCAAUUCAAGGUUUGCCAUCAUCGUCCUCUCGCCAGAAUAUGUUUUAUCAGACUGCUGCUUCGACAAACUUAGAAACAUAUUUGAAUGCAUGCAAGGCAAAAUUUUACCAAUUUUCUUUAAUGUGGAAACCUCCAUUUUACGAAAGAAAAAUGGAUUCGCAAGAACAGGCUUCGACAUGCUUGAUACAGAAGACAUGGGAAAGCUGGAGUGGUGGACAACUGCUCCGAAAGAAGUGGCUGAUAUAGCUGGUUGGGUUUCAACUGACUGGGAGACCCAGCUUGUCAAAGAAAUUGUAGCAGAAUGCUCUAAGCUUCGAUGCGAUGUAUGCCAUGAUUGGAAAAGUUUUAUCCCGGCAGAUUCAAGUCAAGCUGAGUAUGUGGAACAUCCUUUCUGGGGACAAAAUUACUGCCCCUCUCAUGAGGGCACUACUCGAAAGUGUUGUAGCUGUGAAAGAUUAGAACCAAAGGACACAAAGUAUUUUGUACUUGACGAUGGCCGGCACCUAUGUCCAGAGUGUCAAGAAUCAGCAAUUAUGGAUUCUGACCAAUGUCAAUCCCUUUACCUUGAAGUACAAAAAUUCUAUGAAGAUCACGAUAUGAAAUUGGGACACCAAAUUCGACUGCAGUUGGUUGGCAGACAAAAAUUAAACCGGGUCAUGAAGGGAGAUCAGAGUAAUUGUGAUGGAGAAAUUAGAGCAGUCUGCCUCGAAGCCAAAGAAAUACUCAUCUGGUAUGGCCUUCCUAGGUUGUUAACAGGGUCAAUUCUGGCUCAAGAGAUGAUCAAAGCAUGGCUAAUGCUUCAAGUCUAUCCACAUUUCAAAUUGAGCGCUGAGGUUGAAAGAGGUAUCUGCGGAGUGCUGGCCUAUAGUUGGCUGGAGUACUACUCUUCUGAUCCUGAUUCAUCUAAAAUAUGGUCUGACUUCGAGAAGAAGCUUGUUGAAUUUAUUAAACACCAAAUUGAGUCAUCAGAUUAUGGAGAAGUAUUCAGGAAAGCUAACAAAGUGGUUCAUGAGUAUGGUCUAUGUACUAGUGCGAUUGAACACAUUGUACGAUCAAUGUAUUUCAAAGUGGUGAAACAGCUCCAGUAUACCAGCAUUUCUGCCCCUUCAGCCAGUUCGUGGAAGUAUGAUGUGUUUCUGAGUUUUAGAGGGGAAACCCGAAUGGGUUUUACAAGCCAUCUAGAUAAAGCAUUGAAGAUGGAAGGCAUCAACGUUUUCACGGACAGUCUAAUCAAAAGAGGUGCGAGUAUUCCUGCAACGCUCUUGACUGCAAUCCUGAAAUCAAGGUUUGCCAUCAUUGUCCUCUCGCAGAACUACACUUCUUCAAUGUGGUGUUUAGAUGAAGUUACAAAGGCUUUGCAAUGCAUGGACAAGAGGUCCGCAGUUUUCCCAAUUUUUUACCAUGUGGACCCCAGUGAUGUACGAUAUGAUAAGAUGGGAGCCUAUCAAAGGCAUAGCACUCGCCGGUACCUAAAGAAAACAACAGUGCAAGACUGGACAAUGAGCGUACGCGAAGUGACCAAUGUUAGUGGCUGGGUUUCAAGUGGAUCUCGGUAUGGAUGAAUAAAAUUCCUUUUUUUUUUUUCGCUUAAAAAAAGAAAAAAGAAAAUUCUUUUAUUUUUUUUGGUUAAAGAUGA